AUGGCCGGCCAAGGAGGUGCUGGAGCCGCGGGGACAGGGUCUCUGAUUAACAAGAUGGCUGUGGAUCUCGGCAGUCUCAACCGAGAGAAGACGAGCACCUGGUCCCGACCACGCGAGAGUGCUGCGGAAAUCGCAGUACCGCCAGCAGAUUUUCACCUCAACUCGCCACGAGACAGGGGCGCCGAAACCCACGAUCCGGCUGAGGUCGUCGGGCGGGCCCAAACCACUCCCGGUGGGCAUUUCGAAGCCUUCCAGAAGACUCCUGCCCUGGCCGAUCACCACCACGCGCGAUCGGACCAAGGCCGCCCAGAACUGCCAGAUUAUCACACGCAGAUGCCAUCACGGGAGGACCUGCGUCUCGACGUGCUACCACACCUGCCACACCAACAGCCUCGGCUGCAGCAGCGACUGCGACAGGUCGCUCCCAACCCCAAUCUCUGCCCGCACUGUCCCCGCGGCAAGAUUCAUUCACUUCGUCGCCGCCAACCACACCCGCACCCGCACCCGCACCCGCAACCGCACCCACACCAGCAUUGGGUCCCAGCUUCACCACGGCAGCGCCGGGUCCUCCCUCACACGGACCCUCAUUUUAUUUCCCACGACCCAAAACACACGGCGACGCCAGCACAAUCGCAGCCCGACCUGUCCUUCUCGUCAUUCUCUCCCACGAGGGCUCAGCUUCCGCACUUACAAACACGAUACCCCCCCGACUCCCACGCGCCUUUCACCCCCAUCCGAGGCCAUCCCAUCUACGGUCGCAUCGAACCAGACGGCACGCCCUCGAAUCGAGACAUCGUCGAGGCUCCGUGCAUCCCAAGCCAACCGUCGGAACAGACACCCCCCAGCGUGGUCACCACCCGCCGGCAACGGUCGCUUCCAAACACUCCCAUCACCCCAAAUUCUCCAGGCUAUCCAGGCCCUCGAUGGGAUUCCUUGCCCACGAGGCGUCAGAAUAGCCUCGGGCAGCCUGUGAGUGCAGGUCUUGCGAGCAUCGCAAACGCGCCUGUAGCCUCGGACUCUGGGCUACCUCCUCCAAUUCGCUCACCCCAGUCGGCAACUUUUCCGGCGAGUCUGUACUCGCAUCCUCAGAUUCCCGAGGACCAAGCCGUGGACUUGAAUUUGGACGGCCCCGAGACAAAUCGACAUGAGCACGCAGCCGCGGUGACGCCCGGCUCACCUUCCAAAAUGUACCGGCCGGACAGCCGGCAGUCUGGGGAGACGGCAUACAGUGUUGCAACUGACAGUUAUAACUUCUCUCGCCCGAGAAAGCCUAGUCUGAGGAGCUUGAAUCGUCCCGACUUUUCUGCACCCCUGUACCUCCGACCUGGAACAGCCAAUACCUCAAACUCGGACUCCGUCCGUCUCGAGUCAAGGACCAUGGCCUCGAACUACAUACCCUACAGUGCAGGGCCAAGGCCUGCUCGACAACCCUCAAUCGCUUCCAACAUGUCCUCGAGUACCUUUGCCUCGGGUGCGCCAAGCCUUUACAAUAAACCUUCCCAUGACCGCCUUGGUGCUGCACCUCGCAACGUGUCUCAGAAUUCCGCCACAGGUAAUUAUAUGGGCCUCCCCCACGCGGUCCGGCCGCCGUCUCCACCACGAAACCGUUCAGCCCCCUGGGCCCAGCACCCGUAUCUAGACGAGGAUGAGAUGCGUUCCAGCAUGCGGAGUCAGCUUACGACGUCGACAGCCCAGGAUACCCUGUUCACGGAACCCGAGAGGUCCAGUGUUAUGACCAAAACAAGUUCCAUCUUCAGCACUGGCAACAGAAAUAGGAACUCUCCCUUCUUCGGUCCCCAUUCACCAAGCAUCGAAAUUCGGGAAAGCCUCAGCGUGGACGAUGUGAUGGGAAUGUACGAACAAGGCUUCAACGACAGCGAUAUGGACCUUUUUCAGCGAAAGUCGAGCGUCGAUCCCGAUGUACCAGUGGUGCGGCUCGCCCCGGGAGGGAUGGACGACCACGACGAAUCGAGGCCAGGAUCGGCAGUCUCUCAUAACAGCGAGGCCGCGAGCCGCCUGAUCGAGGCCAUGAACCAGCCUAAUGCGAUCGCUAUCCCUGGCCGAACCUUCCCUCUGAAUGCUGAUGGUGCUGUUCGUAUCCGGGACACAAACGCCUUCUUCCGGAAGAGCUUGGCCUCGUCCUUACCUAAAGACAUGAGGCUGAGUUACAUCAACGCGGAGCAGAAGGAAACCGGCAUUGUGGACUUCGAGAAGCAAGACGACGACGACGAAGCAUUCGAAGCGGACAGUGUACGGCAUAGCAGACAUGAUUCAGGAAAAGAGAUCGGCCCCCAUGAUGAGCACUCAUCAAUUGACGCUCUCAAGAAAGUGGAAUCAACCAUCCCGACCACAGAAAGCACGCCGACGCUUCCUGACAAGGACACACUCUCCCCUCUGUCGCCAACUUCGACCGAGCCAAAGAUUGUUAUGUCUGCUCCGUCGCAGCCAGUGCAGGGAGCAACGCAGCCCGAAGAUCUGGACCCCGAUGCUAAUGAUCGCUACGGAUUCCGGAAAUCAAACCAGUAUGUCACGCGCCAGCAGUACGACGACUGGAACGGACAAUAUUCCGAAUAUCUUGCAAGGAGGAGGAAGAAGUGGGAGGCUUUUCUCAAGGAGAAUGGGUUGAUGACCGAUCAGCCCAACCGCUUCCCCCAGCACUCCGCCAAAGCAAAGAGGUUCAUCAGGAAGGGCAUACCGCCAGAAUGGAGGGGUGCAGCAUGGUUCUACUAUGCUGGUGGCCCCAAAAUUCUGGCAAACAACCGAGGCGUUUACGACAACCUGGUCAAGAGUGCACAGAACGGCGAAUUGAAAGACGUGUGCCGGGACGAUAUCGAGCGAGACCUGUACCGGACAUUUCCAGACAACGUGCGGUUUCGACGUGCAGCACCGCCAACGGGCCUGACCCCGGGGCAGGCUGCGUCACAAUCACCGUCGCCGGGCAGCACUCCAGUACACAGCCGCAACAAUUCUACCCAGUCUGCGAAUCCCACGCCCAAAGCCCCAGGUUCCGAGCCUGCGAUCAUCGAAAGCCUCCGCCGAGUGUUAUCCGCCUUUGCCAUCUUCAACCCUAGCAUCGGAUACUGCCAGUCCUUGAACUUCCUCGGUGGUAUGCUCCUACUAUUUGUGGAGUCAGAGGAACAAGCCUUCUGGCUGCUCAACAUCAUCACGAGGGUGUACCUCCCAGGCACUCACGAGAUGAACCUUGAAGGGUCCAAGGUCGACUUGAGCGUGCUCAUGAAUGAGCUGGAAGCUGUACUGCCCAACGUGUGGUCCAAGAUCUCCGACGACGGUUCUGGAACCACCAAGAAGAAGUCUAGACGCGCUCGAUACCACAGGCAUGCCGUGUCGGUCAGUGGCGAAAACCUUCCACCCGUCACCCUCGCGCUGACAGCAUGGUUCAUGUCGUGCUUCAUUGGCACCCUCCCCAUCGAGACGACGCUGCGCGUGUGGGACGUGUUCUUCUACGAGGGAUCCAAGACCCUUUUCCGGGUUGCACUCGCCAUUUUUAAGGCCGGGGAGAGUGAGAUCAAGUCCAUCAACGACCCUAUGGAGGUCUUCGCCGUUGUACAGAGUCUCCCACGCAAGAUGGUGGACGCAAACCACUUCAUGGACAUCUGCUUUAAGAAGCGGUCCGGGCUGAACCACCUGACCAGCGAUGCCAUCGACCAGCAGAGGACAGAACGCAAGGAGAAGCUGCAGAUCCAGCGCAAGGAGGCCGUGGCUGCAGCGGAGGCGGCCCCUGGUAUCGCGACGGCCGCGACGAUAGCGGUGUCAAGGACACGCAACGCAGACAUGCUGAGCGUCACGUCGGGCGAUAGCAGCAGUGUGCGGAGGAAACACACCCUCUUCGGGCGUCGGCACCAGGAGCGCAGUCUCGAGGUCUAG